CAAGAAAAAAUAUACGUCACUUUGGAUUGCUAUGGGGUUGUAGCGGCCGAUUGUUAUUUAUUCAAAAAAAUUGAUAAGUACUGAUUAAAGUAGUAGUUUAGUGUAGUGAGUGUAGUGUUAUACAUAGAAAGUAUUAGAGCAGAAUGUCGUAUUCAAAUAAGUAUACUUUCGCCGCCCUGCCGAGGACCGCGCGUGGAACUCCGCUGGUUCUUGGCGGAGACCCGAAGGGGAAAACAUUUUUGUAUACCAACGGCAACUCUGUUAUUAUAAGAGAUAUAGAGAACCCUGCGAUUGCGGACACAUACACGGAGCACUCGUGCCAAGUCAACGUAGCCAAGUACUCCCCCAGCGGCUUCUACAUCGCAUCUGGAGACGCGUCCGGUAAGAUCCGCAUCUGGGACACGGUGAACAAGGAGCACAUCCUGAAGAAUGAGUUCCAGCCGAUCGGAGGCUGCAUCAAGGACAUCGCGUGGAGCGCCGACAACCAGCGCAUGGUGGCCGUCGGCGAGGGCCGGGAGCGUUUCGGCCACGUAUUCAUGUCGGAAACGGGCACGUCCGUCGGCGAGAUCAGCGGGCAGGCCAAGCCGAUCAACUCCGUGGACUUCCGGCCGGCGCGUCCGUUCCGGAUCGUGACGGCGUCGGAGGACAACACGCUGGCCGUGUUCGAGGGGCCGCCGUUCAAGUUCAAGUGCACUAAACAGGAGCACACUCGGUUUGCGCAGGCGGUGCGCUACAGCCCCGACGGCUCGCAGUUCGCGUCCGCCGGCUUCGACGGCAAGAUCUUCCUCUACGAUGGCACCACUUCGGAGUUGAAGGGAGAGAUCGGAUCGCCAGCCCACAAGGGCGGGGUCUACGGCAUCGCGUGGUCCCCCGACGGGACGCAACUGUUGUCCUGCUCCGGGGACAAGACAUGUGCCGUGUGGGACGUGGCCAGUCGCGAGCGAGUUACUACUUUCAACAUGGGACAGGCUGUGGAGAACCAACAGGUGUCGUGUCUCUGGCAAGGCAAGCACCUCAUCUCGGUGUCACUGUCCGGAGUCAUCAACUAUUUGGACGUCAACAACCCUGACACCCCACUCAGAACGUUAGUCGGCCACAACAAGCCGAUCACGUGCCUGGCCGUACACCCGGACCGACACACCGUCUACACGGCGAGCCACGACGGCACUGUCACCGCGUGGAACGUGAACAACGGCGAAGGCCGCCACAUCACGGGCGCCGGGCACGGCAACCAGGUGAACGGCAUGCGAGCCACCCGGGACGGGGGGUUGCUGACGUGUGGCAUUGAUGACUCGCUGCGAGUGGCGACACCUAGCGGAGAAGGUGAGGUCCCGCACUACACAGACGCCGUGGUCCCGCUGGGGUCGCAGCCGCGCGCCAUGGACCACAUCCUGGACGACGGGACCACCAUCAUCGCCACUGUGCAGGAGCUGAUCGUGGUGAUCGGCGGCAGCAAGCAGUCCACGCUGCCGCUGAAGUACGAGCCCACCUGCGUCGCUAUCGACCCCAAGACACGACACGUAGCCGUGGGAGGAGCGGACAACAUAAUCCGCGUGUACACUCUGGACGUCCGCACCCUCACCCCGUCCGUGGAGCUGACCCACCUCGGGCCGAUCACGGACGUCCGCUACAGCCCCGACUCCGCUUACCUGGUGGCCACGGAUGCUAAUAGGAAGGUCAUAUUGUACUCUACUGAUGAGUAUAAGCUGGCGCACAACAAGGAGUGGGGCUUCCACACGGCGCGCGUGAACUGCGCGUCCUUCAGCCCGGACUCGCGGCGCGUGGCGUCCGGCUCGCUCGACACCAACGUCAUCGUGUGGAGUGUGGACCAGCCCGCCAAGCAUGUCGUUAUUAAGAACGCUCACCCUCAAAGCCAGAUCACCGGCAUAGCGUGGUUAGACGACGAGACCAUCGUCUCCGUGGGACAGGACGCCAACACUCGCGUGUGGACCGUGCCCAAGGCUUAGACUCACUUCUUCUGGCUUAGGGUCACUUUAGCUUGUGAAAAAUUAUUGGCGAAGGAGUGCUGCUGCGUUAACCAAGACUCCAUCUUGUGCGACCCCUGACGCGAUUUGCGGUACCAAAGUUAUUCUUUAACCUGUCAUAUCCCAAGAAUCAGAGACAUUUAAAAAUCUAUUGUGUCUGGUUUACGAAUGGGUCAGUGAAGUGAGUGGUUAAAAAAGUGUGUGAGGUAUGCCAAGUAUGCUGUAAUAACUAUAAACAUAUUGUAAUCUACUAUCGCGUCACGGGUUAAGCGUUGCAUGAUAGCUCUCGUUUGAUCGAUUUUUUAUCAAGCUAGAGUCGCCUGGGAUUAUAAUGUUAGGUUUGUAGCGAGCGAAAUAACUUUCGGUAGGUGUUUAUCCUGCUUAGAUUCUGUAAAAGUCAUUGUUAUAAAGUGAAUUUUCCAAUCUGGCUUUGAAUAACGGUACACUGCCUAGGUUAUUUCGCUCCUUAAUACCCAAAACUUUAUUAUUAUAGCUGGCAACUCUAUACAUAUUAUAUAUUAUUUAUAUGGCUGCAUGUUGCGGUAUAAUAACUCCGUUCUUUUUUUGAGAUUCCGGCCAUUUAAAAAAAUGAUUGGGUUUUUAAAUUAAAAUUGGUCAGUAUUUAUAACUUUAAAUAAAGUAGCGGAACGAAUGUACUAGGGAUUACAGUUUUAAUUGGAUUUCUAGUCCUGAUGGGGUUGCAAGCUUAAAUAUUAGCGUAUAUUCGUUAAACUAACGUAUUUAUUUUGCUUAAUUAUAGAAAUAAAGUUUAUUGUUUAAUGCUCAGCUAGAUAACAUAAAUUAUUUUUCAUUAAUAUUUUCAUUUUGUUGUAAAAUAUAUUUUAUUGACAACAUUUUGUAAGCAUAAAAUGCUGGUUCAUAGUGCUUAUUUGAAUCGAAAUGCAUGUUUCUACAGAGAUCUUACUGAAUUAUCAUCUCGUAAAUUAUAAUUAAUUCAUCAACAUUUCAGUGGAGUAGAUAUAAGAUCUCAAGGCAUUUGCAUGAUAAAUAGGCAUUUAUCUAUAAGCGACGUUAGGUCUUCAAAUGAAAUGUAUGAAUUGAAAAAUUUACUAAUAGCAUUUUCUGAGCAGUAUUUUUAUACUAAUUUCUGACAGUAUAUUUUUCUCGAUUUUUGUAUGGUUUCUAUAGUACUAAAAUUAAGUAUAAACUGAAAUAAAUUGUAUACACUUGUAUAAAA